AUGCUUCGGAUCCAAACCUAUUUUCUUUGUGCAUUGCUUGCCUUUCAUUUGCAUGGAUGCCAAUCGGAUGGCCAGGAUAAAGCCCGAUCUGUAUGCCUACUGCAAGAUCCGCCGAAUCAGUGCGGAGAUUUCUGCCUUUCGGUACUGGAACCCCUCCUCAAUCACAUUGCCAAGCACCAGGAGCAAUGGAACACCUCCGAUGCCCUUAAACUACAGGACACCCAAGCUAAGCUGGACAAAAUACAAACCACGUUAGUAGGUCAAACCACAUCCUUCGACGACUUGAAGGGAAGACUGGAGAGAACGGAAACAAAUCAAAAAGACUUGCACAACGAGAGUCAGAUAAAAAUUGAAGGUUUGCAAAGUUCACUACAAGAAAUGGGCAAGAAUUUUGAAGAGAGACUCCUCAAGAUAGAAGUCCAGCAGAAUGCCAUCCAGACAAAGAUGGAAACCGAAAGAGCCGCACUGCAGACAACACUGACCAGAAUUUAUCACACAAUUGAAUUUCCCAAAUUCAAGCUCAUUGGUUCCAGAUACUUCUACAUUGAUGAUACGGAGAACAGUUGGCCUGAAGCCAAGGAAAGCUGUCGCGAAAUGGGUGCCCAUUUGGCCGCCAUCAAAGAUGCAGAGGAGCUGGCUGCCAUUAAAGUUAAGCUGACAAAAAAACGAUACUGGCUGGGUAUCAACGAUCGGGAAUUUAGUGGAGUAUACAUGUCCGUGGCUUCCGGCAAACGAGCUCCAUUCUUGAAAUGGGGAUCUGGAGAGCCAAACCACGCGGGAAACGCAGAGCGCUGCGUUGAACUACUUGGUGGAAUCGAAAUGAACGACAACAAGUGCUCCGAUAAAUAUGGUUUCAUUUGCCAGUCGGACACUGAAUUUUAG